CUAGUGAAUGUGCUUCUUUACUAGUUAUAUGUUCGCUCUUUGUACUAAUCUUUUUGUUGAAGGAAAAAUGUUUAUUUGGUUAUGCACAUACAAAAACUUGUAUAAUGGUUUUAUCGUUAUUACAGUACUAUGCUAGUUCACAGUAUUGUUGAUGCAAGUGCAGGAUCUGAGGCCUUCAGUUUCUGAGAGUUUAUUUCAAAUAAAAUCAAUAAUGACGAGUCAUGAGAAGUUACAGUCUUGCUUGAGGAACAAAGUUAGAGAGCUCGACGAUGAGAAGCUUCUUCUUUUCAAUCAAGCUUCAGAUCUUCGGAGCCAGAUAGAAGAAUUAAGUUUAAAGGUUCAAACUUCUGUGAGUGCAUUUGCUGAGCUUAGCACGGAACAUGAAAUGCAAACUUCUGAUUUCCUUUCUCAAAUUCGAAUUCUCCAAGAGGAAAUUUUAUCGUUAUCAUCUUGUUCCUUGGCUAAGGAAAAGGAAAGUUUGCGGAAAGAUUUGGAGAAAACAAAAGCAAAGUUGAAAGAUAUAGAAUUCAAACUCAAGAAUGCUGUUUAGGAGAAACAAAGCUGGAGGAGGAUUACAAGAGGCUGGAAGUUUGGCUUCUGAUUUGAAAGAGUUGGAAGAGCAACUAUCAAUAGCACAUGGGGACAAGGAUGUAGCCACUUUGAGAUCUGAAAGUUUGGCUUCUGAUUUGAAAGAGUUGUCUGACGAGUUGAAUGAUACAAAGUCAAAAUUAAGUACCUUGAAGGAAGAGGUUUCAGCCCUCAGUACAACUUUGGACGAAUCUGAAUUGCAGAGGCAGAAAGUAGAAAGCUCUCUUACCUCUUUGAUAGAAGAAAAAGAAGAGUUGUCAAUGGUGCUGAAAAUGAAUAGUGCAGUUUUUCAAAUUCCAAUAGCUUUCGUGUGGAUUCCUGGGUUUUAUCCCCUUUUUUUUUGGUUACAGCAACUUGCUGAAGCCCUUUUGACAAUGGAGGAGGAGAAGGCGUUAUGGUCGUCAAAGGAGAAAGCUACAGUUAAAGCCUUUGAAGAAGAAGCAAAAGCAUAUCAUUUUGAGAUUGCCUUGUUAUCGAAAGAAUUGUCGAAAGUGAUCUUCCAAAAUUACGUAGAUUAUUUGUUGAAUAUUAUUUGAAAGUUUAUUAUUAUUAUUUUUUAGAAUUAAGUUUUUGUACAUCCAUUUUUGUUCUAUAAAUGACAUUAACAUGUGCAUGACUUGGCCUCGCCAGACAAGUGUUCUUCGUUCGUUCCCUUUUUAUUGUGUUGUAAAAGAAUGACGAUUGAUUUAAAAUUUGUUCAAUAUUGUCGUGUUCA